GCGCACCUGUCCAGCCCCCUGGGCCCCCCGCUACAAACCCGGCCCGGUGGGACCCUGCCACUCGCCACCAAGCGCCGGGGAGGCCGACUGGUCAUCAUCAACCUUCAGCCCACCAAACAUGACCGCCAUGCCGACCUGCGCAUCCACGGCUAUGUAGACGAGGUCAUGACCCAGCUCAUGAAACACCUGGGGUUGGAGAUCCCCACCUGGGAUGGCCCCCGUCUGCUGGAGAGGGCCCUGCCGCCCCUGCCCCGCCCACCCGCCCCCAAGCUCCAGCCCAGGGAGGAGUCCCCUGCCUGGCUCAAUGGCUCAGCACCUGCCGACCCCAAACAGGAGCCUACAGCUAAGCCCUGUGCCCAGUACAACGGCUCAGAACCUGCCAGCCCCAAACGGGAGCGGCCGGACAGUCCUGCCCCCCACACGCCCCCAAAAAGGAUGAAGGUUGAGGCUGCUGCCAGCUGACCAGGGUGCUCGGGGAGGGUGGGGCUUUUUGUAGAAACCGUGGAUUCUCCUUUUCUUAUGGCAUCACUUUGGUACUUGUAUCUGUCCUCCGGGGACCUCAGGGUACUGAGGCUGUGCUCCGGGCCCCGGGUCAAACUUGCACUCCAUGUCGUCUCGCUUGGCUCUGGGAAGCUCUGGUGGGGCCUGGGAAGGAGCUGCACCCUGGAGCUGACAGUCCAGACACCUGCUUCCCCCCACCCCACCAUGCCCCAGCCUCUGACUCAGGACAUUCUGGGGAGGUGGUGGCUGGGCCCUCCCUGGUUUCCAGCCUCAACAAGAAUGAACUCCCUCUGCCCCCUGGUCUUCCUCUCUGGACCCAUCACACCGCCAACCCCUCCCAGGCUCUUGAUCUGCCUCCCCAAAGCCGCCUUCACAGGUCCUCCAGAAGGGGAGCCACACCUCCCAGCAGGACAGACAGUAAAGGCUUCCACUGCCUCUGGGGCUGGAGGGAGAGAGCUGGGGCCACCCGGCUUCCUCCAGGAUUCCAGGAAAGUUUUCAAUGCAAUAAAAACAGAGCAUUCUUGUUGCA